AUGGUUUACAUCUCUCCUUUCUCAUCCCCGACCACAACUCCGACCGCAACAAGUGAAACGCCCCUUCACCAACAGACCAAUAAUACUUCACCAUGGUCAGAGAUUUCGAUGGAGAAUUGGCGCAAUGGUGUUGAUUUCAGAAGCCCACCACCAGCUUAUGAUGGAGAGGAGCCACUGGAACCACCUCCUAGGUUUUACAAAGCAAACUUGGAGAGCCUAUACAAGGCUAUAUGGCUCACUGUAUUAAUAAUGAUCUGCUUCUGGUUCUGGUUGAGUCAACAGCAGCAGCAGACACACUUCUAUCAAUAUGACACCAAGAGUUUUAUAACACAACCAACAUUGGAUGGACUUCAGUUUAUCGACGCAAGCCAUCCUUACAUACGUUACGUGGGUCGCUGGUCUUCGACACUGGAUGGAAUGAGAAAAGAUGGGUCGUUUCCAGGCAUGCCCUCCUUUAUUUCACCCGUGCAAGCUUACGAUAAAAGAACAAAUGCUCAGAAUAUUACGGCAACAUUGGGAUUCCCACCGUCAUUGGACAACACGAGCGCGAAGCCUAUCUCGCUGCUCGCCCAAAUCGACGAUGAGGAGUAUGUCAUACUUCCAAAUGCAACAUCAUGUGUAGCCAUACGAACGAAAGACCUCGAUCCUCAAUCUCAACAUAUCAUCCGAAUUAUUGCGCCAAUGAUUGGCAGAGACACAGUAGAGACGUUUCAAUUUCUGGGAGUCUGGAUAGAUGAGGUUGGACAACUAAUUCCAGUCAAGAACCCAGACGCAGACACGAACCCACAAUUAUCCAAAAGAGAUUUUGCGAGUGAGGAAGACUUCGAGUUACCCUUGAGCGACUUAUCGCGACAAAGUAUUUCACAGCGCAAGAUGCUGGAAAUUCUUACCGAUCUACCUGGUUCUAUGACAGGACGUGAUAGACGAAAGCAUCGGACGGCUUCCAACGUUGCAAAUGGGAUACUGGGAGGUGUGAUGGGAUGGGAAUAUUUGACUGGCGAGAUGUUUGGCAGUGAUCAUGUCACCAUUGGAAUGGAUGGUAUGUGCUUGGUACAAGACUGUAUCGGUGGUAGAGGCAGUCCCGCAGGGUUGGCAGACGUCUUCUUUCAAAGCGGACCACUUGGUUCUGGACAAUACGCGCAGCCAUGGCUUUUCCAAUCAUAUAUUCCAGAUGUAAUGAUUCUCAACAUCGGCAAUGCUGACUGGGAGUCGUUUCGAAUAUAUAACGAAGAAUACAACCUGACGACAUGGGAAUUGAGUGUGCUUUUUGAGGAGACUUAUGUUUCGUUGAUCAAAGCAAUUAGAACUUUGGCAUAUCCCAAAUACUCCUCCACCAUGGCCGAAGCCGCACAAUACGACUAUCCACAACAUCGUGCAGUCGAUAUUCCGAUAUUCGUGAUGAGACCAUUUCGCGGACAGCUUGAACAAGCAACACACUCUGUUGUUGACCGGCUUCAAUUUGAAGGGGACAAAUCUGUAUUUUGGCUUGAUACUUCGGGUUGGCUCAAUACGGACAUUGAUUUCGAAGGAAGACCAGAAGAUCAAGAUUUUUUCCUCGAUAAAGAAAGUCCUCGGAAAGAAUGGCGUCUCACAGAAAGGGGGAAUCAGCGUGUUGCAAUCCUGCUACAUAUGCACGUUUGCAGAUAUCUUGCACAAGAGGCCGACAAAUGUGCUUUCCUAGCUCCAGAUACAUAUCAAGGCACAACUGUUGAUCCGGUCGCGAUGCAUUUUGAUGAGUACAUGAGGGAUGAGAAAGAGCGGAGGUUGAAAAAAUUAUUCUGGGUGUCUCCAGAGGAUGAAGGAAGGUCCUAA